GUAUAUAGGGCUGCCGCCACUUUCACCACUGCCAAAAAAGCACCAGCACAAUGUGAGUUUGCAGCGGCUGAACGCCGCGCGAAGAUCAUGUUGACUUGCCAGGUUAGCGAUUAUCAGCGAACGAGGAAAGCGCGCUUCGGCGCCAGUUGGAAUGGAUUGUAAGUUGGAAGUCAGUUGAAGCUUGCCACUGACAGCGCAAAGUACGCGUGUUGAUUAAACAAAGUUAUUUUAUUGUAGUGCGCACUUAGAAAACUUAAAAAGUACACACACACACAUACAUACGCCGGUAGUAGUAUGUCAGAUAGCGAAGAGGAGAAACUGUGUUUCCAUGGCGUCUGGGUUUGGCUGCUGCCAGCCAUUUUCAUUGCCGUCGCCGUGGUGUUUUUCUUGUGGCUGCUGCGCAAGUGCAUACAGGGUCCGCGUUAUCGCAAGGCGAAUCGCAUCGAUGGCAAGGUAGUCAUUGUGACGGGCUGCAAUACAGGCAUCGGCAAGGCAACUGCUCUGGAGCUGGCGCGGCGAGGCGGUCGCAUUUACAUGGCCUGCCGCGAUGCGGUGCGCUGUGAGGCCGCGCGUCUGGAGAUCGUAGAGCGUACGGGAAAUCAGCAUGUCUACAAUCGCACACUGGAUCUGGCAUCGCUGAAUUCGGUGCGUCAAUUCGCCGCGCGAUUUCUCGCCGAGGAGCAGCGCUUGGACAUUUUGGUGAAUAACGCUGGCAUCAUGGCUACGCCGCGCAAGCUCACCGCUGACGGCUACGAACAACAGUUGGGUGUCAACCAUCUGGGCCACUUUUUGCUGACAAACCUGCUGCUGGAGCGCUUGAAAGCCUGCGCGCCCAGCCGCAUUGUGGUUGUGAGCUCAGCCAUGUACAUCUUUGGGCGCAUCAAACGCAAUGACCUGAAUAGCGAGCGCAGCUAUUCGAGCUUCUUUGGCGCCUAUUCACAGAGCAAGCUGGCGAAUGUGUUGUUUACGCGCAAGUUGGCUGAGCUGCUGGAAGGCACUGGCGUUACGGUGAAUUGUUGUCAUCCAGGUGUGGUGCGCACUGAGUUGGUGCGGCACAUUAAGUUCCCAGGCUUUGGGUUGUUGCACUAUUUGGUGAAGUUCUUGUGGAAGUCGCCGGAGGAAGGCGCACAGACGCAGCUGCGCUUGGCGCUCGAUCCGGCGUUGGAGAACUCCACAGGCGGCUACUACAGCGACUCGAUGCGUUUUCCGCUGCUGCCGCGGGCGAAGUGUAGCGCCACAGCGGACUGGCUGUGGGAGGAGAGCGAAAAACUGGUGGGACUGAAGGUGGGAGGAAAGAGUAACGAAAUGGAAUCGGUGGCGGUGUCGGUUGCGGUGAAUGGCGUGCAAUCUUAAUGAGCUUUGGAUUUUUUUUUACUAUUUAGAAAGAAUGGUGAAUCAAAAUAAAUGCUUUACAAAUAUUUUCUAUAAAAAAGGGAAUUGAUUGUGAAAAAUGUAGCGAGAGGAAUGACAGCUGCUGUUCUACGCGAUACAUUUCAAUAUCUUCUCCACUUCUCUUGAUUCUGCUUUCAUUUUGCUGAUUUCGCACAAAAACAGAAAAAAAAAAUUGCGCGGCGUUGGAGCGCACACGCCCCCGCAGCGCGAGCAACAAAGGGGCCUAGAGAGCGCACUUUCUACAAAUCUGAUUUUGCGCUCUGUCUUUCAAUCGUCUUGCGGCCAGCGCUUUUUGUUAUUCAUCAAACCAAAAAUUUUGUGUACAAAUAGCUUUUAUAAAUAAAUUAUCAACUUUACAUAUGUAUGUAUGU